CUCUGCAGUGAGAGUCGCGAAGGUAUCUCCUUCGCUCGUCCUCCGCCUCCUCUCCAAUUUGGAGUUACCGAUCCUUUACGAGCCAUGUAUGAACGACCGGAUCACCCGCUGAAUCACAGGUGCUCUUUAGAUUCCCUUUUUCCGGUCAAUUAUUCAUGUAAUAGUGUUCUUAAUUCAUACCCUAGGAAACACUCCUCCUACUCUUUAGUUCUGGUUCUCCUUUUUCAGGAAAAAAAUUGAAAAUAAAAUAUUUUUCGGAGAAUUAUAAACCAUGGCUUUGCUUGCAUCAGAUUUAAUACGUUUAGCUUCAACAUAUUCCUUACGGAAUUAAAUUAGAGAGUUUAAUUAUGAAGGAAAUGUUAUUUUUUUGGUCAACUUAGCCUGGGAGAGAGAUGAUUUGGGCAUCGAUUUGCUGCACAUUUUGAAAAGAUUCACCUUUUGUGUGAUCUAAGAAGUUCUUCAAGUGCAAAUCGUUCAGUAGUAAUUGAGAUUCUGGGCGAUUAGGUUUCAUAGAUAUUAUAGGCAUUUUUAGGAGAACAUUGGGGUUCUGUCCCGCAAGUCAUUAUUUUUGGUUUGGACAGCAUCUUUGUCUGUUCUUACACUCGCAUUUUUCUCCAUUCAUUUACCUUCAUAUCUGUUAGCAAACUCUCACCUCCUCGUAUAAUGAUAGUGCAGUGCAUACCAUUGUUUCCAGGCAUUGUGCGAAUACUCUCUGAAUCAUUCAGGAAAAAGAGAGAUUGUGAAUGUUGUAACAUCCCUCUUAAUCAGCCUUCCUUGCGUCAGCAAUCCAAGUUGCAGGCAUGUCCUGGUAUCCUUUUCUAAGACGCAUACUUCGGGCCACCAAUUACAGCUUCUUUCCUCUGAUCACAUCCUAAACCUCCUUUAUACAGAAGUCCAUAGCUUUACUUAUGGUCCGAAUCUCUCUGUUAUAAAUUGGCUUAGAAACCAGUGCCAUCUGUUACAACGUUAGCUACGUUAGCAUACUCAGCCAAUCUGAACUAAGAACAUUCACCUUAUCAACUCUUAGUAAUGUGAACAUUCUUCAUCAGUUGAGUUCUUUCACAACAAAAAACACAUUGGAAAGUUGAGGACUUUUAUGAUGUCUUGUAGUAUUGCUAUUCUUCAUGAAUAACUUAACGUUGACAUGCCUACCAAGGUUUCUAGGUGCAUUUCCUGGGAUUACGAAAUCAGAACAUAUAUAUAUAUAUAUAUAUAUAUAUAUAUAUAUAUAUUGUUGUGGUAUGUUACAUGUUUUGCCACCAUCAGCCUGCUUACUCUUUAAAGUUGUUAUUGUUGGAUGAUGUCUCCUGUUUUUAAUUGAUCACACAUGUCUAAGACUCUUGUAGAUUUCACUAAAUUGUAUGAUUUAAUUAGCGUUUUCUCUACGAUAUCCUAUGUCUUUAGUCCAUCAAAUCCAUGUGGGUCCAGCGAGUGUCUUUUUUCUUUAAAUUAGCUCAUGAGGAUUUUUGUCAGCUUGUGAAGAAGUUUCAUUUCAUUUCAACUCUUUAGCUUUUUUGAGAACUUGUAGUAUGUCCUGACCUACUGAGCUAUUCGGCUUGGCUGAGGAUCGGCUUAUGUUUGAUUCAGUGUAAGUAUAUAAAUAAAAUAAGAUUAGCUAUCUUAUAAAUAAAAUGAAAAAAAAAUACUAUGUGCUCACGAGAAAGUAAUAGGAAAAGUGGAUGUUGUUGUUAGCAAUUGGCAAAUUGGUAUAAAUACUGUUUUUCUCUCAUUAUCAAAAGAAUAAUUUCAGUAGUCAUAUGGGGUAACAUGUUGAGGGAUUUCUAAGUGAUUAUUCAAUUGGCUGUGAUGAUUGGGCAGAUAUUAGCCUAUUCCCAGAGUAAACCCUAGAGAUUAACUACAUAUGGGAGUUGUUAUAAAAAAGGGCCUAUCCAAGUACUUAUUCCUUGGCUAAAGAUGGCCUAAAGCACAGGGCAUGGCAACCAGAAAACAGAAGUAUUGCUUAUCCUGUUCUAAGAUUCGCGUUUGGUAUAUUCAUGAGUACUGCAAAUAAUUAAAGUCAAUCUUAAGAUUCUCAUAUGCUGAAUUCUUCUGAGUUUCACUGAUUUUGGUGGUUGACCUUUUCUGUUUCCACCUUUAAACUUUCAUUCUAGUAAGGAAAUGUUGACUAAUUGGGUUGAGAUGAACAAGAAAGGGAAGCUACAAUAUGAUCAUGAGAACCUGGCAUUGUCAUUGUCUAAGUGCAAGUUUUGAGAUCGAUUUAGAAGCACCGAUCACACUAUUGUGGAAGAGACAUGAGAGAUGAGUCAGAAGAACCAGGUGAAGAAUCUUACAAUGACAGCCACAGCAUAAGUGAAGGUUAUGAUUGCCACCAUGACACUAGACCUUGAUGAUGAAGCUGAGAAGUUGUCAUAUGGGAAAACCGGUUUGCUUUCUGUCUCUUCUCAUAAUUUCAACCUUAAUUCUUUUGACAUUGAAAUUGUUGAAGGAUCAAGCAACAAACAACAAGGAGGACAAGAAGUUCAACGUGAUUCAAGAUACAAAGUAGCAGAGGAGGUUGCUCAUGAGUUUGAGGGUUAUGGUGAUUACACUAUUUCCAGCACUAGGGAAGAACAGCUUGGAACAACUAGAAACAGAGAUCGAAGAUUUAGUGCUCUGUUCCAAUGAUGUGGCACCGCUUGCAUUGUUGCUUUCGUCCAAAGGUGGAGCAUUGGGCAAGGAGAACAAAAACAGUCUUGCUGAUGGUCCAUUGGGUGCAAGGAAACCAACCAUUGGUAAAGAAUCUGAGCAAUAUUUUUCGAUGCUGAUGCUUUAGGAAGAUUUAAUGGUGUGGGCAAAAUCUGCGAAGAGUUCGACGCUGUUGCUAUGGAAAGGGAUGAACAAGGCAUUAAGGAGAAUGUCGUGGCCCGUGUCGUACACCUAAAGAAGGCCCGUGUUUCUGACCUGUCAGAUGCCGUCGAUAUUUUAAUUAAGAUACGAGGAGCGGGUCCCGCGGCUCGCCUGUUUUCGGGGCGCACAGGGUUCCGGGAUUCAUAUUCGCUUCGCAGGUGGGGCUCUGGCAGAAUGCACGAGGGACCCGGCUGGGUUCGGGUUAGGGUGGACCUGCACCCUGUCUUGGUUGCCACAUGAGAUCUCCCUGCUUCCAACGGCUACUUGGUCUUCCUACCAUGGAUGCUCGGAUCCGCCUCGGAUGACCGUUGCAGCACGACCGCAUCUUCUCAGCCAAGGCUUAAAAGACCGGAAUGUAACCCUAGAAUGAACUCUUCACCCUUCAGCUUUCUCGUUCCAUCUCCUGAAGGGCAUCAAAGCUCAAGCAGAGAACUGAAAGCUUGAAGAGAGAGAGAGAGAGAGAGAGAGAGAGAGAGAGAGAGCGAUCCGAACGAUGGAGUCGAGGAAGAGCCGAUUGAACCUCCCGGCCGGCAUGGAGUCCUCGCUCCGCCUCGACUCCAUCCCCGCCGCCCACUUCCCGGCCAUCCCCAAGACGCCGUCCCCAUCCAAGACCACCUACGGCGACCGCUUCAUCCCCUGCCGGUCCUCCUCCCGGCUGCAGAACUUCGCACUGGCGGAGAAGCCGUCCCCCGCAAAAGAGGGCGGCAACGACGCCUACUCCCGGCUGCUACGAGCCGAGCUCUUCGGACACGACCCCGCCCCCUACUCCCCGGGCGCCCAGGGAUCGCCCAUAAGCCCCAGCAAGAACCUCUUCCGGUUCAAGAUGGAUCACUCCGCCCCGAGUUCCCCGUUCUCGGUCACCUCCAUGGCAGCCCAUGACACGGCCGUGGAGGUCUCCACGCCCCCCAAAGUGCCCCGGAAGAUACCUAAGACGCCGCACAAGGUUUUGGAUGCCCCUUCGCUUCAGGAUGAUUUCUACCUGAAUCUUGUCGAUUGGUCUUCGCAGAACGCUUUAGCUGUAGGAUUGGGUACCUGCGUAUAUCUUUGGUCUGCAACCACAAGCAAGGUGACGAAACUGUGUGACUUGGGAAAUAGAGAUGGUGUAUCUGCAAUCCAGUGGAGCCGGGAAGGCUCUUAUAUAGCAAUCGGAACAAGUCUGGGAGAUGUCCAGAUAUGGGAUGGCACAAGGUGUAAGAAGAUUAGGAGCAUGGGUGGCCAUCUAACAAGAACUGGAGUGUUGGCAUGGAAUUCAUGUAUUUUAUCUUCAGGGAGUAGAGACAAGAACAUACUUCACCAUGACCUUCGAGUUCCAGGCGACUUUGUUUGCAAGCUUGUAGGCCACAGAUCUGAGGUUUGUGGAUUAAAAUGGUCUCAUGAUGACCGUGAACUAGCUUCUGGUGGAAAUGACAAUCAGCUCUUAAUUUGGAACCAGCGCUCUCAAAGUCCACUUUUGAAACUGACAGAGCAUACAGCUGCAGUUAAAGCCAUUACUUGGUCACCACACCAGCAUAGCCUUGUUGCAUCAGGAGGAGGAACAGCUGACCGGUGCAUCCGCUUCUGGAACACUUGUAAUGGAAACAUGCUUAACUGUGUCGAUACAGGCAGUCAAGUCUGCAAUCUAGCAUGGAGUAAAAAUGUCAAUGAACUAGUUAGUACUCAUGGUUAUUCCCAGAACCAAAUCAUGGUGUGGAAGUAUCCGUCUCUUAGCAAGGUAGCAACUCUAACAGGCCAUACACUUCGCGUACUGUACCUUGCAAUGUCGCCUGAUGGACAGACUAUAGUGACCGGAGCAGGUGACGAAACACUGAGGUUUUGGAAUGUUUUCCCCUCGAUGAAAACACCAGCUCCCGUGCGUGAUACUGGAGUUUGGUCCCUGGGAAGGACACACAUUCGUUGACCAAGGAGCAAUUCUUCCAAUGUGCAAAUAUCAAACUAAUUUCUUUAGAUUGUUUUGUAAAUUAUCUAACAACAUAAUAAUUUGUCUGAUGGUAAUCAGUUUUUAGAUCUUGCAUCAUUCAUGGUAAAGCUUCAUGUAUCUAAUCAUAUUAAAUGUUGUGUUGGACAUUCUGUGACAAUAGGGACAUCUUCAACUGCUUCAUCAAGAAGAUAUGAUUCUGGAGAUCGUCUUAGUAACACGAUUUUAAUAGUAUCUGGAGUUGUAACA